AGUUGUAGGCGAUACAUCGCUCGAAAAAGUCGCUGUGUAAAGAGCAAACACCUAAAAAUAUUUCGGAAACACGGAAAUAAAAAAUAUAAACUAAAACGAAUAGAAAAAUUAGUUCGUAACCCUUUUUAAAUUAUUUAUAUAAACUAAAAAUGUCUGACAGCGUUGAAGCAGAAACAAUACGUAAAUACUAUAAUGUCGCCUUGGAAUUGGUCAUGAAAAGUGGCCCGGUCGCUUGUGAAGGUUAUGCACAAGCCGAUGCUAAUUACAAAACUAAAUCGGCAUUCUAUGAUCUAGUAACUGUAUAUGAUAAGAAGGUAGAGGAUCUACUCAUCGCAGGAUUGCAGAAAGCAUUCCCCGAAACGAAAUUUAUCGGUGAAGAAGGCACAGCGGAAAACAAUAGUGAGCCGGUGUUAACAGAUGCACCCACAUGGAUCAUUGAUCCCAUAGAUGGCACUACCAAUUUUAUACGCCGCUUUCCGAAUUGGUGUAUAUCGGUGGGUUUAGCCAUUAAUAAGGAGUUAGUGGUUGGUAUAGUGUAUAUUCCAGUGGUGAAUGAGAUGUACUCAGCAUAUAAAGGACAUGGUGCAUAUCUCAAUGGAAAUCCCAUUAGCGUGAGCAAGUGUACGAAAAUGAAAACUGGUAUUUUUGGAACCGAACUGUCCCUCAUACAAAGACCAGCUAUACGUGAUAAGCACAUGAAACGGUUGUGUACACUGACUGCCAAUUCCAUCGGUUGCCGUGGCAUUGGUAGUGCUGCUGUAUCUCUCUGCUAUGUGGCGCGCGGCAGCAUUGAUUGCUUCGCUGUAGAGGAUCUACAACCUUGGGAUAUAGCAGGCGGCGCGUUAAUAAUACGCGAAGCAGGUGGCGUAGUGUGUCAUUCAAAAGGUGGCGAAUUUUCGAUUAUGAAACCGGAUUGCAUCGCCGCAGCGACACCUGAACUGGCGCAAGACGUGAUUGGUUUGAUCAAUGAAGCUGAUCAAAUAACAGAAUAUCAAUUGUGAGAUGAUUUAUGAAAACUUAAAAGAAA